AUGGUUGCCGAUACUGCCUACUACGAUGCGCUCGGUGUGCCACCGACAGCUACUGAACUAGAGAUCAAGAAGGCCUACAGAAAGUUGGCCAUUGUCACUCAUCCGGAUAAGAACCCCGGAGACGAAACCGCUCACGAACGAUUCCAAGCUAUCGGCGAGGCCUACCAGGUUCUGAGCAAUGAAGAUCUACGAAAGCGUUAUGAUAAGUUCGGAAAAGAGGAAUCCGUGCCAGGUGGUGGCUUUGAGGACCCCUCUGAAUUCUUUAGCAUGAUCUUCGGAGGAGAGGCCUUCGUUGAUCUUAUCGGCGAGAUUUCCCUUAUGAAGGACCUGACCGCGACUAUGGACAUCACAAUGCAGGAAAUGGAGGAGGAAGAACUGGCACAGUCCGCAGAGGAGAAACUCAACAUCCACGACGAAGAGGUGAAGGCGGCUGGAGGUGAUGCACCUGCCACCUCUGAAGCCCACGAAUCUACCGCCGGGGCUGCGCCUGCAGCUGCCGCCGCCGCCGCUCCGUCCGAAAAGCCAACUUCCGACCAGAGCUCUGGCUCUAGUACCCCUCGACGAAACUUCGGCCAACAGGCCCUUAUGGACAAAUCCGAAGAAGAAGCUCGAAUGGAGGCAGCUGGACUGUCCCAAGAAGAGAAGGAUCUCCGCAAGAAAGAGAAGAAGAAGGGUCUUUCCAAGGAGCAGCAAGAACGAUUGACCGCCUUCGAGGAGGAGCGCAAGAAAGCCCGCGAGGAUCGCGUGAACACACUGAGCAACAAGCUGAUCGAUCGCCUGAGUGUGUGGACUGAAACCGAUAAGGGCAAGGAUGUCUCCCACGCUUUCGAGGAGAAGAUCCGCCUAGAGGUUGAGAACCUUAAGAUGGAAUCUUUCGGCCUCGAGAUUCUCCACGCAGUUGGUCAAACUUACGUGCAAAAGGGAACCUCGUUCCUCAAGUCUCAAAAGUUCCUGGGUAUUUCUGGCUUCUUCUCCCGCUUGAAGGAUAAGGGCACCCUGGCCAAGGAGACCUGGACUACCAUUUCCACCGCUAUUGAUGCGCAAAUGACUAUGGAAGAGAUGGCCAAGAUGGAGGAGCGCGGUGGUGAGGAUUGGACAGACGAGAAGAAGGCCGAGUAUGAGAAGCGAGUCACCGGAAAGAUUCUUGCCGCAGCAUGGCGCGGCAGCAAGUUCGAGAUCCAGAGUGUUUUGCGUGAGGUCUGUGAUCAAAUCCUCAACGACAAGCGGACUCGACUUGAGAAGCGCGUUGAGCGCGCGCAUGCCCUGGUGAUUGCGGGUAACAUCUACGCGAAGGCCGCACGCGAUCCCGAAGAGGAGGGUGACUAUAUGGCCUUCGAGCAACUCAUGGCUGAAGCCAUGAGCAAGAAGGGCAAGGAUGAAAAGGACAAGAAGAAGAAGAAGUCCAAACAUGAUGAGCAUAGUGAGAGCCAUGAUGGAAAGGAGACCGCAGAGGAGGCCACGGCUUAA